CUGCUAGGGACAGAAGCAGCCUUUCCUGGCCGCCUUAGGUCUCUUCCUGAGCCUUUCAUGGGCAUGUGCAGAUGAGAGAUGCACAUGGGAACUUGAGCCUGGGCACAAUGGAGCGUUAUUGGAGAGCUGGAACAGAGUUGGUGCAUCUCAGAGUGCCCCUCAGAAUUCACUUAACACACCAUCCCUCUCUCAUCCCCUAUCCUGGGACAGCAGGUCCAACGGGUUCUUCUCCAAGCGGAGCCUUGGAGGGCCUAGCCGGCACCAUUACCUCCAACGAGUGGAGCUCUCCCACCUCCCCUGAGGGGAGCAACGUCUCCGAGGGCAGUGAGGCUUUGGACAAACCCAUCGACAAUGAUGCAGAGGGCGUGUGGAGCCCUGACAUUGAGCAGAGCUUCCAAGAAGCCCUCGCCAUCUACCCACCGUGUGGCAGGCGCAAGAUCAUCUUAUCAGAUGAGGGCAAGAUGUAUGGUCGUAAUGAGCUGAUUGCUCGCUACAUUAAGCUCCGGACCGGGAAAACUCGAACCAGGAAGCAGGUUUCCAGCCAUAUCCAGGUGCUGGCCCGUCGGAAAGCUCGGGAGAUCCAAGCCAAGUUAAAGUCAACCAGCUGCUGGGCUGGAGACCACAGCAGGGUAUUUAUCAUGGAGAACAAUUGCUCCUGUGUUAUCUCCAGAGUCAUAAAAGAUCAGGCAGCUAAGGACAAAGCCUUGCAGAACAUGGCUACCAUGUCAUCCGCUCAGAUCAUCUCUGCUACAGCUUUCCACAAUAAAAUGGCCCUUACCCGAGGACCAGCCUACCCAGCAGUCUCAGGGUUUUGGCAAGGAACUUUGCCAGGCCAAGCCGGAACCUCCCAUGAUGUGAAACCUUUCUCUCAACAAACCUAUGCUGUUCAGCCUCCGCUCCCUCUGCCAGGGUUUGAAUCUCCAGCUGGGUCCACCUUGUCGCCACCAACCCCUCCAUGGCAAGGCCGAAGUGUGGCCAGCUCCAAGCUCUGGAUGUUGGAAUUCUCUGCCUUCUUGGAGCAGCAACAAGACCCAGACACGUGUAACAAGCACCUAUUUGUACACAUCGGCCAGUCCAGUCCCAGCUACAGUGAUCCCUACCUCGAAGCGGUGGACAUCCACCAGAUCUAUGACAAAUUUCCUGAUAAGAAGGGAGGACUCAAGGAGCUCUUUGAACGAGGACCCUCAAAUGCUUUCUUCCUUGUCAAGUUCUGGGCUGACCUCAACACCAACAUCGAGGACGAAGGCAGAUCUUUUUAUGGGGUCUCCAGUCAGUAUGAGAGUCCUGAGAACAUGAUCAUCACCUGCUCCACCAAAGUCUGCUCCUUUGGCAAACAAGUUGUGGAGAAAGUAGAGACAGAGUAUGCCCGCUAUGAGAAUGGCCACUACUCCUACCGAAUUCACCGGUCUCCUCUCUGCGAAUAUAUGAUCAACUUCAUUCAUAAGCUAAAGCAUCUGCCAGAGAAAUACAUGAUGAAUAGUGUAUUGGAGAACUUCACUAUUCUGCAGGUGGUAACCAACAGAGACACCCAGGAAACCUUGCUAUGUAUUGCAUAUGUGUUUGAAGUGUCUGCAAGUGAGCAUGGAGCUCAACAUCACAUCUACCGGCUGGUGAAAGAAUAAAGACUGGGGAUGGAGGACAAGAAGAGCCAGGCUGUGUGUUUCCAGGGAAAGUAGGGAGAUCUGGUCUAUGCCUGAAGUUCAGAAUCAAGAAGAGAACAUUUCCCCCCUUCCCAAGAGCAAACAUAAUUCCCUAACCUCAAAUAAACUCAAGAUAUUACGUA